UGUGUCUUCUGGAGCUCCUGCAGUUCUGAAGACCCCGGAUGCCUGACAACGAAGGAGACAAUGGACCGAACGGUCGUAGCAUUCAUGGAGAAAGCUGUGCUCCGAUCAUGGAAAGCCAUUGACGAAGAAUUAUUACAUAAGUCGCAGCUGAGCAGAGUGAAUCUCACAAUUUCUGUAUGCUGUGGCGACGAGGUAGAGAAACUCAAUUCGCCCUUCGGUCAGUAGACGAUAGCAAUAUACAGUACGUACGGGCCCAGUUGCGCGAUAUAACAUCCCAAAAGGUUUAAAGUCCUCUGGCUAAACAUGCUGGCGGUGUGUAAAAUGAGAGCGCCCAGUCGGGCUGCAAAGGAAAAGCCUAGCGAAGUCGGCGGAUGCCGACACGAGGCCCGCCAUCACUGAUGCGCAGCUAGCAAUUACUUUGAUCCGAUGUCAUUCAUGGCCGACUUGCCUGCUUCAAUCGAUGCAAUCUUUCCAAUUCUCGCGUGUCUCUGGAUUUGCUUGAGGGGCCCUCGCGCCGUCAUUGAAGAUCAUGUCCUUCCAGCGGCGCCGAGCGGGUGCCGAAGCGGCCAAUAUACUCUAUUUAUCACUUAUGUCAAAAGCACCUCUUCCCAUGUCAAGAAGGGUCCUUGCCCACUUCGCUUCAUCAUAACCCAUGUCCCUCCUCAUCUCUUGCUUGCUGAUCGCUGGCUUCUGGGCUUUCGCUCGGAGAUUUACGCUGAAACCCCGCCUAGUCGAUUCAAUACCGGGCCCGAAACGCGAGUCGUGGCUCUUCGGGAAUCUCCUCCAGCUUCUGCUAUCGAAGGAAUACGGGGAGUACGAAUUCCAGUGGCAGGAUGCGUUUGGCCCUUGCUACGCCAUCGGCGGGUGUUUCGGAGAGACACGUCUGAUUGUCUCUGACCCUGCCACCGCGAGAUUCAUCCUCAACAGCCCAAUCUUCGUGUCCGGAGCCUCGCAGCAGAAGGCGGGCAACAUGCUCCUUGGCUUUGGGACCGUCUUCCUGGCGACGGGCGAUCGACACAGGUAUCUCCGCAGUCUCAUGAAUCCGGCGUUCUCGCCGAAGAGUGUGCGCGAGGCACAGCCCGUCCUUCGGGAAGUGGCGAGAAAGCUUGUCGAAGCGUGGAACGCGCUUGGGUUUCCGGGCAACACGGUGGAUGUAUUGCGAAGCUUGCACGAUGUCGCGAUGGAGAGCAUAGGCGACGUGAUUCUGCAGUAUCCACUGCAUGCAUUCGAUCGAACAGCAGGAGAAAGCACGUCUGCAAAGCAGCGUAGUUUGAUAGAUUCCGUCAGCCGUGUCUCGAAAGCAAGCCUGAUCGGCGAAGCUGUACUCGCAUACAUCCCCGACCCCGUCUUCCGGCUUGCGACUCGGCUUCCAUUCCCGCCCAUGUCCACGAUCAGGGACUAUGCGCGGCUUGUGGACGAUCUGGCACUCCAGUUGAUUGAGCAGAAGCGCAAGGAUGAGGGAUUCAAAGAGGAUCGGAGCUUUCUUAGUGAUAUGAUCCGCGUUGACCCUCCGACCCGACUUCCGGUGCUCCAGACGAGGAGAUCGGGACCCACAUCCGGACUGUUGUUUGCAGGCGCUGACACGUCGGGCGGAACGCUCUCUUGGAUUGUAUACGAACUCGCGAAACGUCCUGGGCUCCAGAGCGAGCUCCGGGCAGAGAUUGGCCGAACCGAGAUGGGGCUCGAGUUUGUCGACUACGACGCGAUGCCAUUCCUGAAUGCUAUCAUCAACGAAACUAUCCGUCUCUACGCUGCUUUCCAUUCGCAGAACGUGUAUCGACUGAAGACUGCAUACUUCCCUUGAGCCAAGAGGUCGUCACGAACACGGGAAAACGCGUCACGGAGAUUCCGAUACAGAAAGGACAGCUGGUUUAUGUCAGCUUGGCUUCAUAUAAUCGGCUGAAGUCUUUGUGGGGACCGGAUGCCGGGGACUCCGGCCUGCGAGAUGGCUCGAGAAAGCAUCUCCGUGCAGUGGGACUGCGAUUGGACCCCAUGCUUCGCUAUUGAGCUUCCUUGCUGGCCCUGGUACUUGUCUCGGGUAGGUCCUAUCAUAGGCUCCGAGGAUGCUGACUUCCAACUCACCACUGCAGCUGGCGUUUCGCAAUACUGCAAUUUCAGAUUGUGGUCGUGGAUAUUGUCCGACACUUUGUCCUCUCGCCGCCAGGAGACGAUUCAGUCAGGCCGUGCUUCAGCUUGACCUUGGUGCCUAGAACUGCGGAUGGGAAACAACACGUUCCAAUUCAUGUAGAACAUGUCGCGUAGAUAGCAGAACUGUCUCGAAAUUGUGCAGUGUUGUCCACUUGAAGGCGUG